ACCAAACCUCAUUGCCACCGCAGCAACCUUCAACAAUGUCCCCUGCCCGCCUCAUCCUCCUCCUCCUCCUGCCCCUCCUCUCCUCCUUCCUCCUCCGCCCCGCCUCCGCUGUCCUCUGCCACCCGGAGGACAAGGAGGUCCUCCUCCGUAUAAAGUCCGCCCUCAACAACCCCUACCUCCUCGCCUCCUGGAACCCGGACACCGACUGCUGCUACUGGUACUGCCUCAAGUGCGACCGCAAGACCCACCGCGUCAUCUCCCUCUUCUUCCUCGCCUCCGACCUUCCCGGCCAAUUCCCUUCCGCCAUCAGCGAUCUCACCUACCUCCAAGACCUCACCCUCCACAAGCUCUCCAACUUCUCCGGCCCCAUCCCAGAGUCCCUCACCAAGCUCAAGUACCUGAAUUUCUUGAGUCUCGACUGGCUCAACCUCACCGGCCCAAUCCCGUCCUUCCUCGGUCAGCUCAAGAACCUCACCUACCUCAACCUCUCCUUCAACAAGUUCACCGGCGGCAUCCCCACCUCCCUCUCCACCAUCCCCGGCCUCGGCUACGUCGGCCUCGACCGUAACCAGCUCACGGGGAAGAUUCCGGCUUCCCUCGCCAACCUCAAGGGAAACAACCCCUACCUCAUCCUCUCCCACAACGGCCUCUCCGGCGAGCUCCCGGCGACCUUCGCCGGCGUCGACUUCGGGAGGCUCGACCUGUCCCGGAACAGGCUUCAGGGGGACGCGUCGCUGCUGUUCGGGAGGAGCAAGAGCACGUCCAUCAUCGACAUCUCGAGGAACCAGUUCGAGUUCGACCUGUCGAAGGUGGAGUUCAACGAGAGCCUGACGUCCCUGGACAUGAACCAUAAUAAGAUAUAUGGGUCGAUCCCGAAGGCCAUGGCGGGUCUGGAGCUCCAGUUCCUGAACGUGAGCUAUAACCGGCUGUGCGGGGAGAUUCCAGUGGGCGGGCGGCUGCAGAGCUUCGAUGCCUCAGUGUACAUCCACAACCGGUGCCUGUGCGGUGCUCCUCUCCCCAGCUGCAAGUGAGAAACAGGGCAGAGCUUCGCUGAUGCUCUAAGAUUUGAGCGAACCAGUGGGUAAACUUAUGUUAUUUUCAAGUUCUUAGUGGUGCAAUAACUCCACGUGAGUGGUUGUCAUGUUUCGAGGUGAUGUAUUUUGCAAUGCAAAACAAUGCGAGUUUGUUGUUCUUUUAUUGAA